AUGAAGCGAGAGAAAUUAGAUAGAUGCUUUGGAAAAUUCUUAGAGAUGCUGAAACAGUUGUAUGUGAACAUCCCGUUCACCGAGGUGCUCACCCAGAUGCCGGCCUAUGCCAAAUUUCUAAAGGAAAUCCUAUCAAGUAAAAGGAAGCUGGAGGAAACGAUAGUGGUCAAACUCAAUGCACAUUGUAGUGCCAUCCUACAGAAUAAAAUUCCUCAAAAGUGUGGGGAUCCUGGAAGCUUCACUAUACCCUGCUCGUUAGGGAGUGAAAUUUUUGACAAAGCUUUGUGCGACUCAUGUGCAUUCAUUAGCUUGAUGCCAUUGUCGAUUUUCAAGAAAUUUGAAGGAGAACUAGGAGUGAUAAAAUAUGUGCCGGUAUCAUUACAACUGGAUGAUUACACCACUAUCAUACCAGAGGCCAUAAUUGAGGGUAUUGUGGUGAGGGUGGACAAAUUUGUCUUCCCAAUAGACUUCAUUAUAGUAGACAAAAAAGUGAAUAAAGAGCUGGACAAGAUGGUAGGUGAUUCAUUAGAAAGAUGCAUUACUCAAUCGAGUAUAGCAGAGGAUGAAGACCCUGAAAUCAAGAAAGAAGCUCAGGCAUUGGAAGAUGAAAACCAAGUUGUAGAUGAAGAGGAAUUUGAGAAAGAAAGGAUCAAGCCAAAGCUGGAAUUGAAAGUACUCCCAACACAUUUAAAAUAUGCUUUUUUGGAGACUAACAAUUUUCCUAUAAUUUUUUCUGCUGAUUUGAUAGGUGAACAGGAACACUUGCUAGUGGAAUUAUUGCGGAAGCAUAGAAAUGCAUCCGGUUAG